GACAGAAAGAAGAUCUGAAGAAAUAAAAAAAGCGAGCAUCUCCUAGCUUCAAUCCAUCUCUCUUGUGCCCUAACUUUUCUUUAAUCUUCUCACUUCAAUCUCUCCGUACACCAUGACCAAGCAACAAGCCAACUGGUCUCCUUAUGAUAACAAUGGAGGAUCCUGUGUGGCGAUUGCCGGCGCUGAUUACUGUGUCAUAGCUGCAGACACUCGAAUGUCUACUGGUUACAGCAUUCUCACUCGCGAUUACUCCAAAAUUUGCCGCCUAGCUGACAAAAGUGUAAUGGCAUCGUCCGGCUUUCAAGCUGAUGUACAGGCCCUACAGAAGCAUCUCAAUGCUAAACACUUGAUAUAUCAGCAUCAACACAACAAGCAAAUGAGCUGCCCUGCCAUGGCUCAACUACUUUCCAACACCCUCUACUUCAAACGCUUCUUUCCUUAUUAUGCUUUUAAUGUUCUGGGUGGCCUUGAUAGUGAAGGGAAGGGUUGUGUCUACACGUACGAUGCUGUUGGCUCCUAUGAAAGGGUUGGAUAUAGUGCCCAGGGUUCUGGUUCCACUCUUAUUAUGCCUUUUCUGGAUAACCAAUUAAAGUCUCCCAGCCCUCUCUUAUUGCCUGCCGUGGAUGCUGUAACUCCACUUUCAGAAGCAGAAGCUGUUGAUUUGGUGAAAACUGUCUUUGCAUCUGCAACCGAGAGGGAUAUAUACACCGGAGAUAGACUUGAAAUUGUCGUUCUAAAUGCUGAUGGCAUCCAUCGCGAGCAUAUGGAACUUAGGAAAGAUUGAUCUACCCCAAAAAAUUACUUGUUUCUACCGAAGUUGGUCGUCUUCCGAGCAUUUUCAUCUUGAUCGGUGCUGGCUUGUAGCCUUAUAUGAGUCCAUUCGGACUAGUUUAUUUCCUGGUUGUAGAAUUAGUACUACUGCAGUUCAUGUAUUGGAAAAUGCUGUUUGACUACUAAUUUAAAGUUUUCUUGUGGGUAAUAUCUUAAACUAUCUGAAAGUGAUUGUUCUCCCAAUAUAGUACAUCUGCAUUUGAUUGUA